AUGAAAAGAAUUUUAGUUCAAUCUUCAAGAAUCUUAUUAAAACCAAAUAAUAACAAGCUUUUAAAUAAUAUUAGAUUGUUUUCAUCAGCAACUUCUAAUACUAAUCAAAAUAAUAGUUUUAGUUACAAUAAAUCACACGAAAGCAAAGUAUUAUUUAAUGAUCCAUCAUUUUACAGUGAAGAAAAAUAUCAAGGUAUUUCAAAAGAAGGAUUUCCAAAAGAUGUUACAGACGUUUUAUUAGCAGAAUUAAACCCAGUUGAUAUUGAAAUUAAACCAGAUGGUUUAAUUUAUUUACCAGAAAUUAAAUAUAGACGUAUUUUAAAUCAAGCAUUUGGACCAGGAGGUUGGGCAUUAAAACCAUUCGGUCCACCAGUUGUCGAACACAAAACAUUAAUGAGACCAUAUGCUCUUUAUUGUCAAGGUAGAUACGUUUCAGAAAGUAUUGGUGAACAAGCAUAUUUUGAAGGUUCAUUCAUUUCUUUUGCCACUGCUACUGAAGCUGCCAAAUCAAAUGCUUUGGUUCGUUGUUGUAAAGAUUUAGGUGUAGGUUCAAGUCUUUGGGAUCCAACUUUUAUCCGUCAAUGGAAAUCACUCUAUGCAACUGAAAAAACUUUUGAAAAUGUCAAAUCAAAGGAUAGAAAAGUAUUUUGGGUUUUAAACAAUGGUAUCCCAAACCAACUCCCAUAUCCAUGGAAAGAAGUUGAUUAUUCCAGAGUACCACAAUCCUCCCAAGUUAACCAACCAAUACAAGAAACCAUCACUUUUGAUGAUAAUUUAAAUAAAAUUCCAAAAUCAACUUUUAAUACUGAAAAAGAAACUACCAGAACUACCACUGAAAAACCAGAAACAACCAAUACUACUACCGUCACUGAAAAAGAUGAAGAAGAAAUUGACUUUGAUGUUGAUGACCUUGUACCACCACAAUUUAAAAAAUAUGCCGGUAAAACCUGGAGAGAACUUUUGGGUGAUCCAAAAGGUAUUAGUUAUUUAGGUUGGGUUGCUAAAUCCUUUGACCAAAACUCACCAAUUAGAAGCCAAGCCUUAGCAAUUCUUAGUUUUAUCGAAUCCCAAAAUAACAACCAACAAAAUCAAUAA